AUGGAAAAUGCUUCUUUUCCAACUUCUUUGUACUUCGUCGUGUAUCAAAAUCAAGGCCACAACAGAUAUAUAUAUUUCACAGUAGGACUUACUUUGUAUUGUGCUAUUAUAUCUUUUAAUGUGAUUAUUCCUCUUGUAAUAUUAAGGGUAAAAGUACUGCAUCAGCCCAUGUACUUGCUCAUUUCUUGUUUAUCAUUCAACUCUCUGUAUGGCACUGCUGGCCUCUUUCCAAGACUAUUAACUGAUUUUCUCUCUGAUGUGCACACUAUAUCUCCACCGGCCUGCUAUAUUCAAACUUUUGUUGUUUACACUUAUGCAUCAUAUGAAUUUACUAUUCUAACUUUAAUGGCAUAUGACAGAUAUGUAGCCAUAUGUAAGCCCUUACAAUAUCACAGCAUCAUGACUGCUAAGGUUCUUGUCAGUCUGAUAACUGCUGCAUUGUUGUUUCCAGUGUUUUCCAUUGGUUUUGCUGUUUUUAUGUCUGCAAGACAAAUAUUGUGUGGUAAUGAAUUAACCAAACUGUAUUGCAGUGGCUGGUCAAUAAAUAGACUGUCUUGUGAGGACACUACAGCUAACAACAUUAUAGGCCUUUUUGUUUCAGUAAUCACAGUUUUCCUGCCUAUGGGAUUCAUUUUGUAUUCUUAUAUUAGAAUUCUAAUUAUUUGUCAAAGACGCUCAUCCGAAUUUAAAGCCAAAGCUUUUCAUACUUGUCUGCCUCAUAUAGUUACAUUUGUUAAUUACUCAACAACAGUUUUCUGUGAGAUGAUUACAAGUCGAUAUGAGCCUGGUGAACUCCCUGUGGUUGUGACAGUCAUUUUGUCCUUGGAAUUUCUCAUUAUACCCCCAGUUUUAAAUCCUCUUAUUUAUGGAUUUAAAUGUCCUGAUAUCCGUAGAGAGAUAAAUUGUCUGUUCAAAAAGUGGCGUUAA